AUGGCCGCGCACGUUAACCCCCUCUUUACGGUCGUUGCGGGAAUAGUCGCUAUCGCUACUAUCGCAUAUGUCUUCUUCUGGAACAGCUUCUUCGGCUCUCUACUCGGCUUUUUCAUACGCGUAGCGUAUUGGAACCAGGGCGAGAACAGUAUAUGGGUAGAGAUCGGGUCUAUACACUUCUCUCUUGUGGCGGGAAGGAUUCUCUUUAAGGAUGUCAAAUAUCACUCGAGCAACCAGACCAUCAAGAUUGUGAAGGGCCAAAUCUCCUGGAGAUACUGGAUCCGGGCACCCGCGGACGAGAAGGAGUUUCAGAUGCGCACGGAGGGUUCAGGGAAGCAAAGUUUGCGGACCUCAACGUGCCGCAUUCAUCUGGCGCUCGACGGUCUCGAGUGGCGCAUGUACAACCGAACCGCCGCCUUCGACUACAUAGCGCAAAGGAUGGAGGAGAAGCACCCGAACACACCACGUACGCCCCGUGGCACACCUCGCACAAGCAUAGACGGUGCAACGUCUGCGCUUCGUAACGUCUUCAGCAAGCACUCUAUGGAUGCGGAUACCGAUGGCCCGGGCGAUCCCACGUUCGGCUCAACUCCCUUCGCCUUGCCUGAUAGACUGCGUCGCGCGGUUGACUGGAUACGGGACCAACUACCGGACUUAGACCCGAAGAGUCUACUGCCUCUUAGCUUCUAUGUCCGGAAGGGCAUCAUCACUUGCGGCAACAUCUCGACGCCCUCGCUCUUGGUCGCAGAGUUUAGCACGGCUGAUGGCGCAUACGGGAACUUACAUUCUCGGUCACCGCUGGAUCCGUACAAGCAGGUGCUGGACAUCACCUUCGAGAAGGCCUCUCUCAACUUCAUGGAGAACGAGUUCCACGACGAGCCGAUGGCCGGCACGGGUGAACGCAUUCAUGAUGAGCUCGAGACCCGUCACUCUUUGGCUAUGCGCCCGGACCGAUAUCUCGUCUACCGCCUUUUCGCAAAGCUAUGGCGCCACGCAAAGCUACAGCGUAUCAUCGCGCUCUAUAGGCAUGGACCGCGCGGACGACCCGCGAACGCGCAUUCUCGCUUCCGGUUCAGGCGCGCAAAGAGCGUUGAGCAGGACACACCCGUCGGUAUCGACUUCUCCACGUACGAGUACGCGCAGGAGCGCACGAUUCUCGAGGCGCCUGUGUUAUCGCUGUCUUAUUACGUCGACGUUGUGGGACCUGUCCCGUGCGACCCUGCACCCUCGCACUCUGAGAACUUCGACAUCGGCAACGGCGGCGACGCGCCCGAAUGGGGUAUCGACCUUGUCAUCCACGGAGGGUUCGUGCGGUAUGGCCCGUGGGCGGACAGGCAGAGGGCAGACCUGCAGAGGGCGUUCUUCCCGCCGACAUAUCAGAGCACAGAGCCUACGCCGAAGCUAUCGCCAGGAGACAACAGGACGUGGACUGCGAUGCGGAUCUUCGUAGAGCUUAGGCAGGGCACGACAGUGUACAUGCCGUUUCGAGAGCCGUCGAAGGAUUGGCAAUGGGACGGUCUAUACCGUGGCCCACGACCACGUAGGCGAGAAGCGGCGUCACUCAGCAUCAAGGCCGGAGACGACUCUACGAUCAACUACCUCAUGCCCAUGGUCGCAGGCGCCGAAGGAUUUCGUCCGCUUCUCGAGGUGCAUCUGGACAGCGUCACCGUCAGCAGUAGUCUGAACGAUAUCCGCCUACUCACAGCGGAGUCGUGCCGGAUUCAAGGAGACAUGCACUCGCCGCUACAGUGGAACGCAAGCCGGGUGUGGCGCUUCGGCAUCUCGCUGCGCCAGCCAAUCCUGUUCUUGCUGCGCGAUCACAUCAAUAUGCUCACGGACCUUGGGAAGGAUUGGACGACGGGCCCGCCGAGUGCCUAUGCGACGUGGGUGCCGAUGACCUAUGCCGUCGACGUGGAUAUGCGAAACUACGAGCUCAACCUCUACGUCAACGAUCACAACAUCAUCGACAAACCUCUUCUGCGCGAGGAGAACGCUAUCAUGACGCUUCGCGGCUCUGUUUUCAAGAACGACAACAUCAUACCCUCGGACAGAUAUCGCCCGCUCUCAACGACCAUUCCAUUCAACAUUGAAGCGCCCAAUGUUAUGGUCAGCCUCACGCUUCCGAAGUGGAGCACGCACAGCCUGCUUGCAUCCGAGCCUGUUGAGAAGAUUGGUCGCUUUGGACGUCUACGACUUGAAGGAUCGUAUCAGUACUAUGCUGACCGGCGUGUGGACAAUAUCGAGCGACUCAGGUUGCACUUCAUUACCGAGGGCUUGAUCUUUAAGAGUCUCGGGUGGUCGAUCCGAUACUUUAUGAUACUUCAGGAGAACUACUUCGGCUCGUUCACGCACUUCUCGACGAUACACGAGUACCUCGCCCGGCGAGAGAGUGGUCGUAUUGGCGAUCCCGUAGUUGACAAAUACCGUCCAGGAUCGUCGAACAUGAUGCAGGUUGAGCUGGAGGUCACUCUCGACAAGGGUCUCAUGUACAUGCCGGCGGGGAUCGUCGGCUUCGAAACGUGCAACUUGGACAAAGGCCAGCUCAUACAGGAUGUCGAUCUGGGGGGCGCUGUUGUGUACUCGAUUCCCGAGUUGCAGAUUGUACUCACGGUGAACGAGUUCGGGAUGGAGGUUGCGUUAAACUUCGGGACCGUCCAUGCCAACGUGCUCGAGCACGUCACAGAGCGAGAGAUCUACGCCACACCAUCGCAGUGGCGCCCAACGUCAGAACAGCUGCACAUAGACGGUCUCACAGUCGGCAUCACCGCGCUCUAUGGCCCGCAGCCUCUAACAGCAUCAUACAUGUGGAUGUGGGAAGUUCAGCUCGGGGAGAUCAAGGGCUCGCUUUCCUCGGCAGACACUCGCACGUUUGGUGUUGCGUUUGGCUCGUUCUGGACGAAUUUCAAGGACCCCUUUAACUCUCCCGCAGCGGACUACGCUAUUCAAUCGCGCCCCGAUGGCAACUUCUACAAGAUCUCCAUCGCGGGUAUCGACCUGAUGUCUUCAGUUGGCGAUGUCGCAAUGCAGCUCUGUCUCCCCACUGGUCUUCGCUUCGACACAAAUGAUCUGGCAACCGACUCGUACAAGAGAGUGAUCAGUAUCCGGGUACCGGAGGCCGUCGUACGCUGCCUACGCCGGUGCGCUUCUCGGGACAUAUGGAUAGAGGCUGGCGAGAUUCGACUCGAUGCUUUGCUUGACAUGUACAUGGCACCUCCGCAUUGGCAAGAGGUCGCUGCGCACCAGGCAGAGUACAUGGCAGAGCAGGACAGGGAAACAGGUAGACUCAUCGGGAUCGCGGAGACACCAGCGAAAAGAUGGACCCCUGCGCCGAAUCACUGCGUGUACACCACUCCUCUGAGGUUCCCCCGCCUACCCAUCCCGAACAAGCCCCGUCGCCCGUCCAUGACGUCAUACGCUACCAACGGUGAAGCGCGAAUGGUGCCUGGACGACCUGCGCCCCUCGCUCUUCGACAAUCGUACCUCUCCGAUUCAGACGAAGAAGCGGGCAUGAAGGAGUCUGAACGAGAUCUUCGUCUCGCCAACUCGCGGCCGUCAUCUUCCAUGCCUGUCAUCGUAACUGAGGACCAUGAGUCUGAUAUUGGCGACGAGUCGGACGAUGCUGAUCUCAGUGACGGCUCAGAGAGCUACUGGUCCGAGCUUGAAGAGGAUGCCAACCCGCUGGACGUCUUAACCCAACGUUAUGCUGGUAUCACCCGCAGAUACGCAGCAUCGGGAUCUUCCCGCCCCUCACGUUGGGCAAAGUCCGCCUUUGUCCUGCUGAAGGAGCGCUCGGCAAUGCACAUCGGUGCGCCUCCGAAAGCAGAGCCCGAAGAUGCCCAUGAUGCCUCGCCAGUGGACACGUGGCAUGCUAGGGACGUUAGCGACGACUGUGGUCUGACGACAAUGCGGGUGAAGGCGCGCUUCAUAGAAGCAUGGCUUAAUCCACUCCUUCCCUCAUCUGUCGCCGAGUUCAUGGAAGCAGAGCCGAAGCCAGCGUCGCCGGAAUCGCGGCUUGAUCAGUAUCUCGAUCGGCACAUAGACACCGUUCUAGCACAGAUGCAACCAAAGCGCGAGACGUCCACCGUUUUUGACGUUGAUGUAGGCUCGUUAAAGCUCCGUCUCUACCAGUUCACGACGCCCUCGAAGACUUCCAGCCAUUCACAUCUCUCUCCGCAAGCAGCACCUUCAGUUUCCUCUAAUCAAGCAAUCACACUCGUUGAGCUCGCCACCACUAGUGUACGGGCGAAGGCGCAGACGUUCGGUGGGGCAGACGAGGAUUCGAAACCUUCAUUCGCGCUGCGUGCUCAAGAGAGCAGCAUGUCCCUUGGCAUCAUGUCCGACCCCACUCUUCGUGCACGGCCGCAUCAUGUACUACGUUCUGUACUAGCCGGGACGCUUCACAACUUUACAGCCGCGUUGACUUCACACCGGGUUGCGGUAUCUUGGAAUACCAUGGGCGUUAAUCUGGAGCAUAGCGUGGGGCACCAUCUACUCGACGCCGUGGUCCCGUACCUUCAGCCCGUCCUCGACGCCGUCCAGGCGCUACCACGUGUCUCGCGACGAGACGAGCACUUGGCACAACGGCAGCUCUUCCGGAUUCUUGAGUGGUCCUCUGAGCACCCCGUCGUGGACAUGCUCUCGACCAAUCAACCGUCGUAUCUCGUUCAGACCGGUCGCCCGCAGGCCCUCCGCAUCUCCCCCUUAUCCAAACUAUUCGUCCAUCUGCGGGCAUCGCUUGCCAGCAUGAGCCUUGCAGAGCGUCGAGAGGUUGCUUCGGCUACCUCGACGGACGCGUUACCUCCUCGCGAGGAUAUGGCGGCAUUACUCGAUCAUCAAAUCGGACAGCUAUUGGGUUUCAGUGGCGAGGCAGACAUCUCCAGUACCGACUUGCUCGGCAGGUUGUUCUCAUCUUGGUCAUUGUCCGAACCUAGGCGGGACGAACCGGAGCUGCCGAUCACUGCGGUGGACAUCGUCUAUAAGAGCUGCCGUCUCAGCAUCUUAGACCCCAACGGCGGCACCGCCUGCCACGUCGGGACCACUGGUCUACGCGUUAGUGUCCAGAUGAUGCCAAUGGAUCUCCAUCCCAUCACUCCGAGCCGGAAAGCGGAACAGGGCAGGGUCGUCAUGUAUCGACAUGCUGUCAGCGCAAUCGGAAUAAACGGCGUUGACGUGCUGGUCCUACCGCAUUUACUGCACUUCAUCCGGCGCUCGCUCUCGCUUCGUUCAAGAGUGGAAGACAUUGUUGCGUCAGUCAGACCACCGUCGUCCACUGCAUCUGCUGCAUCCUCGAAUCCUUCGUCGCCGGUCAUAAGCCUAACUCGGCCAGCAACAUCCCUGUACGGUGAUUUCAGCUUCACGAUGGGGACGAUGCGCGUUCAAAUUGCGGAGGAAAAGCUCGUGCUUGUGUACUCUGCGUCCCGCUUUGCUUUCGUCACAACUGCGUUGAAACGCCAGCCCACUCCAGGAAAGACGGAAUUCUCAAUCAAUAGCUCUCUGCUCUUCGACAGCAUCGCCCUGGCAGCACAUUCCGUCACCACUCGCGGCGCGUCCAUACGACCCCGUGACAUGCUUGCCGAGUUCUCUAUCUCCAAGAGCUCGUCAAAUGUCGUAUUCAGACACGAGGCACAGAUGAGUCCUUCUAUACGGGGGCUUAUCAACCUUGGAUCCAUGCGGCUUUCGGUUCCACGCAGUGCCAUUCGUCUUCUCAAGUUCGUCGAGGAAUGGCGCGAGGAUUACCUACCCGCCUUCGAGCAGACCAUUGAGGCCAUCCUGUCAGAAGCUCGUUCUAGUUCCAAGUCGCCGAAGUCGCCAACCCUACCAUCACCGCCACCCCGUGCUCCUAGAGAUGCUCUGCCCAUUGUGCACAUACAGCUCAUCAUACCUGUCGCCGGAGUCUCCCUUCACAUCAUGCCUGGCACGUGGCUCUCAUGGGACGUACAUGAUCUGGUGUCGUAUGCUCGUUCGACCGUCACGAGUACGCGCAAGGCAUCGCGCACAUUCGGCCUUCGGAUCGCCACACAGCGCAUUAGUGUCUCCUCGUCCGAUGGGCCGAGCGGUAGUUCCCCUGCCGUCAUGAAGCUGAAACUUGAUCUGCCAUCAAUCACUUUCACCGGCUACUACGAGAAGCGUGGCAUACAUUUCCUUGCCUCUGUCGGCCUCUUCAAUGCCACGGUCAAGCCGAAGCACUGGGAUACCUUACUCGCCGUGCAGAAGAAGUUUGACAGCGACUUCGACGACCUUGUUCACGUGCUCGCGGAUGUGCGGAGAAGACGACGUUCAGCGACUCCCUCGACUGCACCCCACCCUGAUGCAAAGCCACAAGCUCCUGCCUUCGUGGUACAUAGCGCCAGCGUGAAGUUGAAGGGAUUCUGUAUCGGUCUGGACGGUCAAACAUCGACGAUGCUGUUCGAGUGUCAAGACAUUCACGGCGGGCUAGAUUCCGGUACCAUCAGGUCGUGGAACGUUUACGUGUCUGGACUCGCUUUAUCGCUAGCGCCGCGUACCCUCAAGUCUCCGAGAGCAGCUCCGUUUGGUCGUCAUCACCGCUCAGCUUUCCUAAUCAUUGACUUCAAGGUCGUCAUGGGCGAGCAAGGCACCGGAGAAAAAGACGUCAGGGUAGUAGUGGAUCGGAUACACGGAGUCUUACAACCGAGUUCGAUCGGUGAGAUCGGUGACUUUGUGGACUACAUACAGGCUGAGGUGCUCGCUCGUCAAGAGGAGCGUGAGAGGGCGCUUUCGGGAUUCAGGGAGAGAACGCGGGAGGUCAUGCGCUCCUUCGAUGUGAGGGGCAGGGAUCGGAAAACGGAAGCCAGCCACGCUACAGACGACGACGGACCAAUGGGCCUACCCAGCUGGCUACGAGAGUAUUCCAUCGACUUUACCAUCAAGAACAUUGGCGCUGCGUUCCCGCUUGCUCUCGACGGGAGUCUCGAGCUACCGCAUUCUCGCAGCGCUCCGCAGUCGCAUGUGAAGGCAUUCUUAUUCUCCAUCAAGUCUGUGGCCUUCGGCGUUGAGCGCAAUGGAAGCGGACUAUUCAGGAUGCAGUCGUUCUCUUUCCAGUUCGUCGAUCGCUUCCGACAGUCGCAUGCGAAGGACUUCUUAGGCGACAAUCACAAUACUCGGAAUCGCAUGCUCUAUCCCGAUAUGACCGCCCAGAUACGUAACGAAGUUUUGAGUUCAUCCCGCCGUCUGCGCAUCCAGGCGAACGUCAGCGGAUUCAUCUUGGACCUCGACUCCUCCAUCGCAGACCAUGUCUUUUCGCUUGUUGAUGUCUACCGGCAGGGCAAAGAACGCUUGGAUAGGCUGGCCGCGAAUAACCCCCGCCCUUUGGCGACUGUGCCUUCAAAGCCGAAGAUUGAGAUGCCCGGUGGUGCAGAGGGUGGAUUGCCGUCGUUCAACAUACUCCUACACCUCGUCUUUCUCAGCGGUAAACUGCAGAUGCACAGCGAGGCUAUGAGAUCAUCGAGUCGUUCCACCGUGCACGAAGCUUUCGAUCUACAUUCGACUGCGCAACCGGAAGUCUUUUCUCUGCCUGUUCUCACCGUAUGGGGAGAAUAUCGCGCGAGCAACUCGUCUUCACGCAAACGGACAGGCUCACUCGAUGUCCAACCCUCCACGCUUGUAUUCAAGAGCACUGUACACUCUAGCGAGAACACGCUGCGCCCGACUCUACUGCCGUUCAUCUCGGAGCUUGUCAACAAAGUCGAAACACGACUUCGUCAUGCCAACCAGACAGCGGCGCCUCGCAUUCCCACCACGCCCGUCCUUGUCCCGAAAGAUUUGACCACGGUCACCAACGCAAUCGAGGACAGUCCCGCCUCUAGUCUGCAAAUGACGUUCGCCUUACGCAUCGACAAGUCCAAGUUGCAAUUGACUUGCCAGCCGGACGUUAACGUAGUGGCAGGGAUUCACUGGGAUAGCGGCGGCUUUGUCGUGAACGUGUCAUCAGGCGCGCGUCAGGUCUCCUUCAUGGCCAACGUCAGCGGACUCACCGUCGGUCUGAAGCAUGGCUUCCUUUCCGAGGACUGCGUGAGAUUGGAUGCGCGGAAUCUCGCCUUCAGCAUCACCUUCUCCCACCUUGCACCGCAGGGCGGUGAGCGGCUGAGCUACGUGUCUGUCGCCGUGGACACUGUGGUCUCCGGUGGCGUCAAAUUCUCGCGCUUGCAGGACGUCCUGUGCUUCAAGGCCGUCUGGCUCGAUCGUAUUCCCGUCUUCAAUCCUCAGGGCCCCACUACACCCAACACACCUGCGAUAUCUGACGAUACGCUGGCGGCAACACGAUUGAAGCUUCCUCGUAGCGCAUCUCCUGGCGUGGCACGCUCCGGACAGGACCUCAUCACCGCUAUCAUAGUACGGGUUCGCAGUAUACAACUCGACGCGGAUCUUGGACAAAGCAUCAGUAACGUUCGCAUGGAUAUGCGCGAGGUCGUCUUCCGCACGAAGCUUGCCGACAGCGCGAGCGAGUUCUCUCUCGAUGUUGGGGAACUCAGUAUCAACGCCGUCGGGAACCUUACCGGCAAAGCGAGGAUGCCCGACUUUGUCUUCCGUACUGUGCGUCGCAAGAACCCGGAGAGGCACGUCCACGCGACGAAGAUGCUCGAGCUGUCCUUGAAGAGCGGGACGCUGGAACUAUCCCUAGAGUCGGACUAUCAGAAGAUACUGCAGCUCUGGGCCCGCCCGUUGCACGCGUCUGUCCUGGACGACUGGUCACAGAUGUCUCGAGGAGUACCGUUGCUUGAGCGUCUUCUUCAGCUUUCUUUCGCCGUAUCUGGGGAGGAGAUCGUACUCGUUUCAACUGUCACGACCAUUCCCAAGCUAAUGUCGUAUGCGAACCGCUUCACGGCGAACUUGGCUGCGCAGCGCGAGGGCGCUAUCCGCGAGUCCCGCGCCUUCCGGGCCGCCCAAGCGCCGAAGCCGGACAAUCCACUCAGCGCGGUAGCCAAUGCGAUGUUACAACAGGCCCGAACAAAGUUCCGCGAGACGCCCGACGAGGGCAGCUCGUUCGCCCAACACGUGAUCCAGCAGCGUAUGCACUUCGAACUCAGCAGCCUUCGCUUGGUGGUCUUCCCACGUACAAUGACAGACUUCGAGAUGGCCCACUUUGCGAUACGCGGAGUCACGGCGCAGCUCGAAACUGCGAUUGAGUCUGCCUAUCGCCCGGCUGUGCGCCGUCUGCAUCUAGGCUUUGCCAGCAUGUCGACAAGUCGCGUCUCACAGCUCAAUCACACUACCGCAACGCUGGAGCUAGCCGCAGACGUCGCUGCUUGGUUGUCCUCUCUACGCAAGGGCGCGACGGAGAAUACGAUCUUCGACUUGCCAGCCAUGGAUAUCAAGAUGAACAGCGAGGAGCACACGCGGGACGGCGGGAGAAAGGUGUUGGAGUACGACUUCUUCUCCAAAUUCGUGCGAGACAUUCCUGCGCAUCGAGAUGUGCCUAAGGAGGGAGAUUCGAAGAUUAUACGACCGAAGAAAGGCAAGGGCGACUCCCGUGACGGCGAAGAUAUCUUCAUCACGCUGAACGUUGCGCUCUAUUCGUGGUUGCAACAACUCCGCAAGAAUCUCACGCGCGAGAUGGAGCAGGUUCAAGGAGCCGCAGAACUUCGUGCUACAGCGACGCCAGGGAACAGCAUGAGUAACGCGGGUCGUCGCCGCUCAACUAUCACGGACAGUGGCCCGCCUCCUGAGCUUGGAUUGCGUGGAAGCCUCAGUCCUACCACCCAACGUACUCGGUCUCCUCCACGAAUGCCGAACUUGGCAACAUCAAGCAGGCCGGCCUCGCUCUCCCCGCCAAGCCCCACACAUUCCCAGAAGGAGCACAGGCGUGUCUUCUCGCUCACCUCGCUCACCUCGUGGAGCCCGCAAAGUCCACCACAGAGCCCGCCGAAGAUCCAAACACAGUCGUCCGCAGAUGCCAACAGGAACCUCCCGCCUCUCGAUACGGGCGUGCUCGGCCCCGCAUUCGAUCUUGUUGCGUCGCCAGCGCCUAAGAGCGGCACGUCCACGGCCGCCUCACCGCCAUCGCCGCUCAGUCAAGCGCCAUCAACAUCUUCGACGAUCCCAUCACCACUCAACGGCGCUCAGCCUUCGCAAUCUGCAACAGGCGCGCUCGAAUACCGUCACAAAGAUCGGGUGAUUGAGCGACUGAACAUGCGGCAGCUGGGCGAGGCGACACCGGACGUGAUGCAUCCGUUCUUCAUGAAGAAAGCUGGGUUCAGUCUGGAGGACUCGCUGCCGCAGUAUGUGCAUGAGUUCGCAACGGUGCCGGUUGAGAGUGUAAUGCAGGCGUUGCUGAAGCUGUAUAGCAAGCAGCUGGGAGAGGAGGGGCAAGAGGUUGCUUAG